AGUUGUGCCGGGCCGCUCUGGAAGGGGCGGGGUGGUUUGGGCUGGCGGCUAAAUUACAGGCCCGGGAAUUCAACUGUUUGUAUCGUAGCAUUGGCAUGCAUGAUUACAAAGGAAAAAGGUGUCGUUUACAUGGAGUGGGGGCUGGUGUAGAGUGAGGUGAAUGUGCCGUUUUGAAACCAAAGGACAGUAAGCGCUUCCUCUCUCCCCAUUCGAGACCCUCCCGCGGGCCCGGCGGCCGCCUCUGGACUGUCCGGAGAGAACAUGGCGGCCCCCGGAGCCCGGGGCUGCAGCCUCGCGGGUCUGCUCCCGGCGCAGACCUCGCUGGAGUACGCCCUGCUCGACGCCGUCACCCAGGAGGAGAAGGACAGCCUGGUCUACCAGUAUCUACAGAAGGUGGACGGCUGGGAGCAGGACUUGUCAGUGCCCGAGUUUCCGGAAGGAUUAGAAUGGCUGAACACAGAAGAGCCUAUUUCUGUCUACAAGGAUCUGUGUGGAAAAGUAGUCAUCCUUGAUUUCUUCACCUACUGCUGCAUAAACUGUAUUCAUCUAUUGCCUGAUCUUCAUGCAUUAGAACACACAUACUCUGAUAAAGAUGGUCUUCUGAUUGUUGGUGUUCACUCGGCUAAGUUUCCAAAUGAAAAAGUCCUGGAUAACAUUAAGAGCGCUGUUCUUCGAUACAACAUCACCCACCCUGUGGUUAAUGAUGCAGAUGCCAGUCUUUGGCAAGAACUAGAAAUUUCCUGCUGGCCAACUCUGGUCAUACUUGGACCCCGUGGAAAUAUGUUAUUUUCUUUGAUUGGAGAGGGACACAAAGAUAAAUUAUUUUUAUAUACUUCCAUAGCUUUAAAGUAUUACAAAGACAAGGGACAGAUCAGAGAUAAUAAAAUUGAAGUAAAACUCUAUAAAGAUUCUUUGCCACCUUCACCAUUGCUGUUCCCUGGCAAAGUAACAGUAGACCAUGUUUCUAAUAGAUUGGUAAUAGCAGACACUGGACAUCAUAGAAUUUUGGUCGUCUGGAAGAAUGGACAAAUUCAGUACAGCAUUGGAGGACCCAACCCUGGAAGAAAAGAUGGAAUAUUUUCAGAGUCAACUUUUAAUUCACCACAGGGUGUAGCCAUAAGGAAUAAUAUCAUCUACGUAGCAGAUACUGAAAACCACCUUAUAAGAAAGAUUGAUCUAGAAGCUGAGAUGGUGAGCACUGUAGCUGGCAUUGGAAUUCAAGGUACAGAUAAAGAAGGUGGAGCUCAGGGAGAAGAACAACCCAUUAGCUCUCCUUGGGAUGUAGUUUUUGGAACGUCAGGUUCAGAGGUCCAAACAGAUGACAUUCUGUGGAUAGCCAUGGCAGGGACUCAUCAGAUAUGGGCACUGCUACUGGACUGUGGCAGACUACCAAAGAAAAAUGAGCUGAAAAAAGGAACCUGCCUUCGGUUUGCUGGAAGCGGAAAUGAAGAGAACCGAAAUAAUGCAUAUCCUCACAAGGCAGGCUUUGCCCAGCCUUCAGGUCUCUCUCUGGCCCCCGGAGAUCCCUGGAGCUGCCUGUUUGUCGCAGACAGUGAGAGCAGCACGGUGAGAACGGUCUCGCUGAGAGACGGAGCCGUGAAGCACCUCGUGGGAGGAGAAAGAGAUCCCAUGAAUUUAUUUGCUUUUGGUGAUGUUGAUGGAGAAGGAAUCAAUGCCAAGCUUCAGCACCCACUUGGAGUAACUUGGGACAAGAAAAGGAAUCUACUUUAUGUGGCAGACUCUUAUAAUCACAAGAUUAAAGUUGUGGAUCCAAAAACAAAAAACUGCUCAACAUUAGCAGGAACCGGAGACGCAAGUAACGUUAUCACUUCCAGCUUUACCGAGUCAACUUUUAAUGAACCAGGAGGCUUGUGUAUUGGAGAGAAUGGCCAGUUAUAUGUAGCAGACACCAAUAAUCAUCAGAUUAAAGUGAUGGAUUUAGAAACAAAAACGAUUUCUGUGCUCCCAGUCUUCAGACCUGACAAUGCUGUGGUAGAUGGCCCAUUCCUGGUCGAGAAACGAAAGACAUUGCCCAAACUGCCUAAAUCUGCUCCAAACAUUAGACUUUCUCCAGUGGCUGCAUCACCAGGCCAGACUCUCCAGUUCAGACUAAGAUUAGACCUCCCAUCAGGAGCAGAGCUGACUGAAGGGGUACCCAGUUGUUGGUUUCUAACAGCUGAAGGCAAUGAAUGGCUUCUUCAAGGACAGAUACCCUCUGGAGAAAUAGAGAGCAUUUCCAGUCAGCCAGCGAUCUCACUGCAGAUUCCUGGAGAUUGCUUGUCCCUUGAAGCCGUGAUGGAAAGUGAAAACAAACUGCAGAAUUAAGAAAGAGUACGUACUUCUGUGAAUGCUUUCUUCAGCCUCUGUUAAGUAUUUAAAUAAAGUAAUACAAAUAGCUGAAUUUAUUGAGUGCUUACUAUGUGCCUGGCACUUUUCUAAGUGCUUUUUAUGCAUUAACUCAUUUAAUCCUUACAACAGCCUUCUGAGAGAGAUACUGUUUUUCCUUAUCUCCCCGAUGAUGAAACUGAAACAACAAAGUUCUAAGCAGUUACGUAGACUCGAGAUCACACAUUUAGGAAGUGGCUGGGCCUGGAUGAGUCUGCUCCACUACCAUACCACUCUGCCUCUCCAAAGUCGGGGUUUUUUAGACCUCAGUCUUUCAAAGCUAUAUAUAGUAAAUAGUAAUCAAAGAAUCCAAAAAGUCCUAGUGAUGAUUGUUUUUUAAAUUUAAGUUAAAUCCAUUUAACUAUUAGCUCUUUGGACUUUUCAUUUUACCCUCUUGGGAACAGUCUGUAUGCUUUUGUUUUCCAAAAGAUUUUAUGUACCAUUCUUUCUUAAAUUCGAAUAUUAUCCAGAAUUUUUCUUGGCAGACAGAUGUAUUAAAGAAUUAAGUAGAUUUUCAGUGUUAGUUCCAACAAUGCUAUUUUAAUUGGUCUUCAAAAGGUAAUUAUAAGACCUUGUCAUAAAGGAUAACUGAAUUUUUAGCACAAGGCUGUCUCAGACCCUAAACAUCUUCAUAUUUAAGAACAUUCUGUUUUUAAUAACUAAAGUGAGUUCUAGAAGCAUAAUAUUUGGCCAACCUGUUAACACACAUAAAGCACAUAAAGCUCUCUGCCUACUUGCUUCGUAAAUGACACUGGAAUGAGAACCUCCACCCCAGUGACUCAAAUAUAUGUGAUUCUAUUACAGUAAAGUUUUCACCAGAUCAGCCUAUUCUAGAGUUAGGUACUGACAGGAACGAAGUAAAAUUUUAUAUACCACUGUGGUUCAUGAUCAUCCAGGAACAAGAUUAUAAACAUCUUUUCAUUAGAUAGUCUGCUAAUUUAAUUAGAAUGUGUUAAUUGUUAUAAAAUCCCAUUCCUGAAACCCAUUAGGAAAUGUACAACUUAAAAAGUAACUAUUGUGUCAUACUUCAGAAGUAGAAUUCACUAUUAAUCACCAAGAAUCCUCUUUCUCCUGGGGCACAUACAUAGUUUAUUUAAAUGAAUUCACGCUAACCAAAAGUCACUGUUUUGUCCUAAAUAAUUAGAAGUUUGUUUUCCCCAUUUCCUUGCAAUAGGAUAAUCUAAAAGAACAGUAUUACACAGUAGGGGCUUACUGAUCUGCCUGCAUGUGUUCCGUGACCAGGAAACCUUGGCCCUUCUCCACCAGACCUGCAGGUUCCCCUGGCUGCUUCUGGCCUCCCGGCAGCCAGUCUGACCACAGAGGGCCUGGGUACAGCGGACCAGGAGGCCGCGCUAGGCAGCUUUUCUGAUUGCAACCCUUCCAUUUUUCUGUGUGCUGAUUUGGUUUAAUUGUUUUCAAAGGUUAGAGCUGGAAAGUGAGAACUCUACAUCCUUGCUGUGGAAUGUUUGCCUAGAGUUCUCCACUGUCUGGUGUGUCCCUCUUCGAGGCAUGUCGCUCUCAAGUACACCAAGGGGUGUUUUGUUGUGUUGAGAGCCCCCAACCAAAAGGAAAGAAUCACAGUUAUUUCCAAAUAGGCCUCCCUGCCUGUACCAGCAACUGUGUCCUAAAAAACACUAAGCGAACAUAAACUGAGGCCUUUUUGUGACUGUCAGGGCAUGGUACGAAUUCCUUCUUUUAGUAGCAACUGACAGAGCUGGUGUUUCUUAGUAAUACAGAGUGAAGCAAAAUCUGUUAAUGUUGAAACUUGAGACUGAAUGACAUGGACAAUUUAUUGCCUUUGGUUUUAAUAUACUUGGUUACAUACUAAGAUUUGAAAUACAGUGACAUGAGACCUCAUAAUGCUGAGAAGUAGGAAAAAAAAUCGGCCUUCAGAUUUAAAUAUGCCCAGUUUAGACAGUCUUUUUAUGAUUAUCUACCGUGCUAUGCUCAUGAGAAAUAUAUGCUAAAGUAUACAGGGCAAAACAGUUGAUAAAGUAUGGUAAUGAAGGGUAAAAAUAGACAUGUUCCUAUCUGAAAAUGUAGAAGGACUCUGCCAUGUAACAAUCUAUUGUUAGAAUUUGUGGUCAUUACAAUCGUGCUGUGAGCAUCUACAGGAUGGGCUGCUUGCGCCGUUCAUUAUACCAUUCAAAACUAACGAGUUUUUGCUUGUAUAGGGUUGAAAUGUGCUGUUCAUGCAUGCCUAUGAUAUUCAUCAUCCAAAUUUACCUGUAAAACAUACAUUACCACUUCCUCUCCACACCUUAGACUUCCCUUUCUUUAAAAACAACAGUAGUUUCUGUAGAAGUUUCAGUGAGGAACUAUGGUUUCACAAAUAACAGAGCAGAUGGUUUUGUUGCAGUACAUUUUUUUUCUAGACUUCCUAAUGAGAUCUCAGUUUCCAGAGGAGAACAGUACUCCAUGUGAUUUAAAGAUUAAUUUCUCUCUAAUUUGCAAUAUACCUUCCUAAUAUUUUAGGAAUAGUUAGGUUAGUAUUUUUUUAAAGGUUUGACGUUCCGUUAGGGCGCAUUGAGAACCAACUUAGAAAUGUUUUCGUUGCUGUGAUCACUUUACAUGUGGUUUAUAGACAAAUCAGAGUUUUCUGUGCGCUUGAGAUAUGUAUGUAUAAUACACUCCCAAAUUGUAACAUUUCAUAAAUUUGUGAAAUUUAGAGACUCAGACUCUGCGGUCUUUUGUGUGGAUAAAGUUGAUUUAUUUUUGAGAAUAGAGUUGGUCUGCUGUGCUGACUUCAUAUCUGUCAUUCCAAAGGUUUGAUUACAUUUAUUUUUUCCUCCAAAGAUAAAAAAUGCAAUGAAAUCCAAUUUAUAAUUUCAUAUACUGGUAUUUCCAUUCAUGCUCUAAUUCUAAAAAUUAAUGUGGUCUGCAUAUUUAAGUGUUUCAUGUAGACAGAUUAAUAUAUUUUUACAACACUAUUUCUGCAUAUAUUUCAAGACUAUUUUCAGUGACUUUUUCAAGUACAUGUGUUAACAGAAGAUCAUAUAGAAUGAAUGUGUGCAUCAGCCUUCAUUACCAACUCAAAAGAAGUGUAAUACGUGUGAUUAUAAAAGAAUGUAUUUAUACUGUACACUAAUGCCUAAUGCCUCUUUUCUAAAACUUUGCACUAUUUUAUGAAAUAGAUUAAAUAUUUUCUCUCUAAA